CAAACACAGCGUCUCUAAUUUAGCCUCUAGAUCAGGGGUCAGAAGGACCUUUAAUGCUCACGACACACAGUGUCCUAUGGAAAGGAUUGUCAACGCUGUGGAAGGGAACCCCAACAGAGAGCGUCACAGAAGUCUGGAAGGAUUUCACCAGAAGGUGCCAUCGUCGUUACAGAAAAAAGCCGCGAGAGCCACCACGCCCGAAACAAUAAAUUCCUGUUGGAGAAAAGUCCGGACGUCGUGUGUGACUUCUUGGGAUUUAUCACGCAGCCCGUCGGGGAAACCAUGAGAAGGAUCAUGGGUCUGGCAAAAAUGGCGGAGGGGCGGGAGGGAGGCGAAGGGUUUUAAGAUCGGGAUCUUGGAGAAAUUCGAGCGCUAAAGACACAACGCCAGAGGCACCCACAGGAGUCGACGUGAUGGAGGUGAGAGCCUCGGAACCAGUGCCAGACAACGAGGACAAAGAUGCAGAAGCAGCGCAGGAGGCAAACCGAUGUUAGACAGUCUGGCAAAAGCGUUCCGAUGAUCCGGACGUGGGACUUGAACUCGCCAACCAUGAGACCAUGACCCGAGCUGAGAGCGCGAGUUGGACGCUCUACCAGCUGAGCUACCCAGGCGCCCCUUGACUUCUUUUACGAGACGGACUUGGGCGCUGUCCCGAAAGCAAAUGGUGGAGGAAGAAUUGCUUCUGUACGGGACCAUUUUGAGAGAAAUGAAAAGGCAAAAAAGUUGGGCAGAGAUUGCGAUGUAUUUCUGUGAAGUCACACCCAGUGUGCCUGCCUCUCCAGCCUCCCCUUCCACCUCCCCCACCGCUCCCUCCCCUGAUGCCGCUGGGACAGCAAGACCCCCCCCCCCCCCCCCCGCCGUCCUCCUCCCCCGCCCCGGCCUUCUCAACGGGAAGGCAAUGAGGAGGGAGACUUUAUGAUGACCCGCUUCCACUUAGUGAAUAAUAAAUAAUCGUCGCGCCACACAGUUGAUAAGCCGGCCCGUCGUGCAUGCGUGUGUCUUCGUGUGGGAACCUCAUAACCGUAGGGCUCAGACCAUAGGAGGUGUCUUGUGUCAUCCCCGUUAUCACCCAAGAAUUCAUCGUGUACGCCAUCCUGUGUUCACUUGCAUGGAAGCGCAUCGCCCACCCGUACGUAGGCAUAAAGACCUGGCCACCCCUCAGGCCUUUGCACGAAACCCAUCCCUGGUGUGGGAGUUCUACCACUACCGGCGGGAGGUGAUGCGGAGCAAGGAACCGAACCCCGGGCACCUCGCCAUCGCUGAAUGUGAGGCCCGGCUGCGUGGGCAGGGCCGCCGGCUUGUGGUCAUCACUCAAAACAUCGAUGAGCUGCACCGCAAGGCUGGCACCAAGAACCUUCUGGAAAUCCACGGUAGCUUAUUUAAAACCCGAUGUACCUCUUGUGGAGUUGUGGCGGAGAAUUACAAGAGUCCCAUUUGUCCAGCUUUAUUGGGAAAAGGGGCUCCAGAACCUGAAGCUCAGGAUGCCAGAAUCCCAGUGGAGAAACUUCCCCGGUGCGAAGAGGCAGGCUGCGAGGGCCUGCUGCGACCCCACGUCGUGUGGUUUGGCGAAAACCUGGAUCCUGCCAUUCUGGAGGAGGUUGACAGAGAGCUGACCCUCUGUGACUUAUGUCUAGUGGUGGGAACUUCCUCCGUGGUUUAUCCUGCCGCCAUGUUUGCCCCCCAGGUGUCUGCCCGCGGAGUGCCAGUGGCCGAAUUCAACAUGGAAACCACCCCAGCCACGAACAGAUUCAGGUUUCACUUCCAGGGGCCUUGCGGUACCACUCUUCCUGAAGCCCUUGCUCCUCAUGAAACUGAAAACGUGUCUUAAUUGUCCCGGGGAAAGAAGAAAUUGUGGCACAUCUAAGUACCGGGCCACAGACAGAGGCGAAACAAUCAUGGGGAUGGUGAGCUAAAUGUUAAAAAAUCUAGAAAUAACCUCCGAUUCCCUGGCUGGAAUCCCACCUGAUGAUAAGCGAUGGCAGUUUAGAAGGAACAAUCGCAAACGUAGUCAGAGGGAGAAGUCAAUGAACAGUGGAGUUGAUGCAGUGUUAUUUUGUGUGAACUUAAACACAAGAUAUCUCUGACGUGUUUGGUUGGUUAUUGGAAGGGGAUAUUUUUGUGAUUAGAUUUUCUUUUAAAGAAGCAGUUGUGCUGAUUUUAUUGUUGCUAUCUGGGCAAAGAUAGGAGUAGAGGGGUCAAACCUUGGUAUUUCUAAUUUUUGUCAAGUUUUGGUGGAAAAUAAACUCACUCUCUACGGUA